AUGACCGAGCAGCUGGUCGGGGGCCGCAAAGUCCCGCGCAGACCGCCGGACGAGAAGCGGUACUGGCCAGUACCGGCCGCUGCGGCGCUGGACGGGCUUGGUCCGCGCAAACAGUGCGCGACCCGGUAUCCGCAGUUGGUCACAUUGAGUACUCCGUGGGACGCCCUGGGAGGCACUGGGACUGGGAGCGACUGGAGCGACUGGAGACGAAACCCAGCAUCGACGUUCGGCGCAGAAGGUGCGCGCGGUGCUGCCGUAGCCGCCAACCAGCCCGUCCGCUGA